AUGGCGUCGAGGGUGUAUACUCUGUACCUCUUGGCCGCUCUCUUCAUCGUAAGCAGUUUCUUCGUGGCGGACAACGACGCAAAUUUCAACACGACGGCUGCCGAGAGGAAUGCCGAGAGGACUUUCAUCAUGGUGACGCCUGGCGGAGUUCAGCGAGGACUAAUCGGCGACAUAGUCCAUCGCUUUGAGAAGCGUGGAUAUAAGAUGAUCGCUGGGAAGAUGAUGACGACCACUGAGGACCUCUUCAGAGUUCACUAUGUUUCCCACCAGACCACUCCGUUCUUCGAUGAUCUCUUGAAGUUGUUCUCCAGUGUACCCGUCUUUGCCAUGGUAUGGGAAGGAAAGGAUAUCGUGAAGCAUGGUCGUGCAAUGCUUUUUGGAGAUGACGACCUCAAUCCAAUGCCUGGCACCAUCCGUGGUGACUACUCUGUCGACAUCCACCGCAAAGUCUGCCACGGCUCUGGCAGCGUGGAAGAGGCCAACAUGGAUAUCGAACUUUGGUUUCAGACGGAGGAGAUUAUUAACUACACACUCUGCACCGAGCAAUAUCUAUAUGAAUACAUCUAAUGAUGUCUGUCUAUACUCACCUUGUUUUAUUCAUAUAAUUCACUGCAGUGUCACAAUGUCAUAUACACAUAGCUUGUACGUAAAUAUCUCUUAUAUCUACCUUUUAGGGGAACCUGUGCAUGUAAAUGCUCUGACUAUCUUUACUAAGAAUUAAAGACUAAGAUUUGCAGGGUUGGAUUUAUAUUGUCCUCAUAUUUAU